AUGAGUUCGAAGGCCGCGCCCGCCCCCAACAAUAACUCGCAACGCUCGCGCGUCCUGGCCCGACAGCCCGUCCAGACCGCGCCCUUGAAAUGGCGGAUGCAAUCGCUGUUGUGUCAGUUCAUCUUUGUAAGUUUUAUUUUAUAGUACUGUUCAAAUUGUUCAAAAAGGCAGCAAAGACUUUGUUUACAGGCUUUUUUUGAGAUUUUAAACAAAUCGGAUUCGAACCCGCCUGACUCCUUUGAUUCAUAACUACUGUAGGGACUACUGUAAUUUUCUGGAAAUUUGAAAAAUUGUACCCUAUGAACUGGGCUAUACAAUAGUCAUCUUGAAAUUUUUCCAAGUCCGCAAUAACUUUCUUUACAGACCUUAUUGUUACCACUGGCAUUAGUUUGGGAACUUAGAGUCGGCAGAUUUUUUUGGUUCAUAACUACUGUAGGGAUUACUGUAAUUUUCUGGAAAUUAAAAAAAUUGUAGCCUAUGAGCUAGGCUAUACAUAAGUCAUAUUGAUUUUUUUCAAAACGACAAUAACUUUCUUUAGAGAAGCUAAAUCUUUAUGUCCCCUGCAUCCAAGCAGACUAUUGCGUUGACUUUUUGUUUCACAACUACUGUAAUACUUACUGCAAUUUUUCAAAAAACUACUAAAACAGCCACACUAUUACUUUAUGACCUGCCACAUUGAAAAAGUUCAAACAUACGCAAGAACUUUGUUUCCAUUUAAUUUUCUGCCCCUUUAACCCUAAAUUAUAACGGUUUUCUGCUAUUAUAAUUCUGAAGCCAAAAUGCCAUUUUCAUUCGAUUUUGAAAAUCGAAAUUACAUUUUUAAACUUAUUUUAAUUUCAGCAUUCACGUUUCGUGCCCAUAACGUUGGUCCUGUUUCAUACCGGCUGGCAAGAGAGCAUUACAAUUGUUGUUGCGUUCAUUUUGACCACGAUUUCGUUUUGUUUGGAUUUAAUGUUGUUUCUGCUUUACAGUUCGAACAGUGCCCGAGGCAGUGUACCGCCGAUUGUGGUGAGUUUAAAAAUGUCAUGUUUUUUAAAAAAUGGCACAAAAUUUGCAAGAACUUUGUUUACAAAGCAAAAAACGGCAAUAACUUUCUUGACAAAUCGAAAAAUGGCAAGAACUUUCUUUACAAAUCUAAAAAUGACAAGAACUUUCUUUACAUGGUUCAAAAUGGCAAUAAUGUCCUUUACAAGCCAAAAAUAACAGUAACUUUGUUUACAUUAUCUUAAAUUAAAAUUUUUCUAAGCCUCACACAAUUUCAGUUCAUGGUAGGCUACGGUUUUACGGCAGUGCUGGGCGUAGUUGAGUUGAUAAUGUAUGGUUUACGCGGAUUUACUGGCCCGGAAAACAUCCUUCUUCUUGUCAGCUUUGUAAGUUACUCUGGGUUACUGUAUUUUUUGAUUUUUUGUUACAGUAACCAUAUUGGUAUCAGCAGUACUAUAGUACAGUAUAUGGUACUAUACUAUCAUACUGUAGUAUAGUACGUGGUACGAUACUAUUAUACUGUAUUAUAGUACCCAACUACAGUACCUACAGCAUUACUAUGUAAUGUUACAGUACUCUACUUUCAGGCAUACACAUUGUGUUCGGUCGUAGCAACAUUACUUGCCGUAUUGAUGAUCUUCCUAGUCUCACGAUGA